GGGAAGUGAGUGCAACCCAUUGCAACGCAAAGGCAAAGAGGUCAAGAGGAGGGACUGAGAAAACCACGUGUGCGCAGCAGCACCAUGAGCAGCACUGUCCUUCCUCGGUAGACUUGUUUUUGUAAGCUUGUACUCUUCGUAUGUAGCCAGCUAGCCUGCGUUAGCCGGAGAAGCAGAUUUUUUUCAAUUUCUUUCACAGACUCACAAUCUCACGCAACACUGCUGCUGGGAUUUCUGUUUUCUGCUGCCACACUGACUGCCGACCAUGGUGAGCAAGACAGAUGACAUACCGCCGUCAGUGCCCAACUGCAAGCCGGUUGAUCUUGCGGAUGAAGCCGGAGAUGGAGCUCAGGACAGCAAGGAAGGCAGCAAGACACAUCUGAAAGACUCCUGCGGCUGUGGGCACAGUGCAGAUACAGCCAUGGUGAAUGGUGAUGGGGCUCAUGGGCACACAGAUGAAGCAGAAUCAAAACAGGAUGGGAGUGCCGAGGUGGAUGGAGGAGAGGAGUCCAACGAACAGGAAGUGAUUGUGAUCCAGGACACAGGCUUCACGGUUAAGAUCCAAGCACCUGGGACAGAGCCGUUUGACCUGCAGGUGUCUCCACAGGAAAUGGUCCAGGAGAUCCAUCAGGUGUUGAUGGACCGCGAGGACACUUGCCACCGCACCUGCUUCUCCCUGCAGCUGGACGGAAACGUGCUGGACAACUUUGCUGAGCUGAAGUCCAUCGAGGGCCUGCAGGAGGGCUCGCUGCUCAAAGUGGUGGAAGAGCCGUACACAGUGCGCGAGGCCCGCAUCCACGUGCGUCACAUCAGAGACCUGCUGAAGAGUCUGGACCCCUCAGAUGCCUACAACGGGGUGGACUGCAACUCUCUCUCCUUCCUCAGCAUCUUCACUGAUGGAGACCUGGGAGACAGCGGUAAGCGGAAGAAAAAGGGCAAUGAGCUGGAGCAGAUCGACUGCACUCCCCCAGAGCACAUCCUGCCAGGCAGCAAAGAUCGCCCCCUGGUGCCCCUCCAGCCACAGAACAAGGACUGGAAGCCCAUGCAGUGCCUGAAGGUCCUGACCAUGAGCGGCUGGAACCCGCCACCAGGAAACAGGAAGAUGCAUGGUGACCUCAUGUACCUGUACAUAGUGACUGUGGAGGAGCGCCAUGUCAGCAUCACUGCCUCAACACGUGGCUUCUACCUCAACCAAUCUACUACCUACACCUUUAACCCUAAGCCAGCCAACCCCAGCUUCUUGAGCCAUUCUCUGGUGGAGCUGCUGAGCCAGAUCAGCCCUGCCUUUAAAAAGAACUUCACUGCCCUGCAAAAGAAAAGGGUCCAGAGACACCCGUUUGAGAGGAUAGCCACACCUUUCCAGGUGUACAGCUGGACAGCUCCACAGGUAGACCACGCAAUGGACUGUGUCCGAGCUGAGGACGCCUACACCUCCCGCCUGGGUUAUGAGGAGCACAUACCUGGACAGACCAGAGAUUGGAACGAGGAGCUGCAGACCACUAGAGAGUUGCCCCGUAAGAACCUGCCUGAACGCCUGCUGAGAGAGAGAGCCAUAUUCAAGGUCCACAGUGACUUUGCUGCUGCUGCCACUCGAGGCGCCAUGGCAGUCAUCGACGGGAAUGUAAUGGCCAUCAACCCCGGUGAGGAAACACGAAUGCAAAUGUUCAUCUGGAACAACAUCUUCUUCAGCCUCGGCUUCGAUGUGCGGGACCACUAUCGCGAGCUGGGCGGGGAUGCCGCCGCUCACGCUGCGCCCACCAAUGACUUGAAUGGAGUACGAGCUUACGGUGCUGUGGAUGUGGAGGGUCUGUACACUUUGGGGACAGUGGUGGUGGAUUACAGGGGAUACCGUGUCACUGCCCAGUCCAUCAUCCCUGGGAUUUUGGAGCGCGAGCAGGAGCAGAGCGUCAUCUAUGGAUCCAUCGACUUCGGAAAAACGGUGGUGUCUCACAGCAAAUAUCUGGAGCUGCUGGAGAAGACCAGCAGGCCACUUAAGGUCCAGAGGCACAACGUUUUAAAUGAGAAGAAUGACUCAGUAGAGCUGUGCUCUUCUGUUGAGUGUAAGGGCAUCAUUGGAAAUGAUGGCCGCCACUACAUUCUGGACCUUCUUCGUACCUUCCCUCCUGACAUGAACUUCCUGCCUGUGGACGGAGAGGUGCUGCCUCCAGAGAGUCAGCGCCAGGGCUUCCCCCGCCAGCACCGCCACCGCCUGGCUUGUCUACGCCAGGAGCUUAUUGAGGCCUUUGUUGAGCACAGAUAUCUCCUCUUCAUGAAGAUGGCAGCAUUACAGCUCAUGCAGCAGAAAGCAAACAAGGACACAAAAACUGAAACACCUGCCAUCACAGAAACUGCUGAAACACCCACAGAAAGCAAACCUGAUGCAACUCAGACACCGACGGCCUCAUCAGACUCUCCCAGUGCAACAGAUAUCUCCACGGACAGCACAAGCACGACAGACAACGACACCUCUGCUGCCCCACAGACGGCAAUGGACGGUGAAGAAAACUCCUCAAAGCCCACCACAAAUGGGCCUCUAGAGCUCACAGCCACCCAGAACGGGGAAUGCAAGAGCCCACUGGAGGGUAAGGAGCUUGAGGAAAGUAUUCCAGGAUUAGCUCAGGCCAAAGAGCUGGCGGAGACCUUAGUUGCCGAAGAUGGAUCUUGUAUUGAUCCCAAGAGCCGGGAGGUGGUUCUCAAUGCCUGCAAGGCAGUCGGCUCCAUCAGCAACACAUCUUUCGACAUUCGCUUCAACCCUGACAUCUUCUCCCCAGGAGUGCGUUUUCCAGACGACAGCACAGAUGACGUGCAGAAGCAGAAACAGCUCCUUAAAGAUGCUGCUGCCUUCCUGGUUUCCUGUCAGAUCCCAUCACUGGUUAAAGACUGUUUGGACCACAGUGCUGUUCCCAUGGAUGGAGCCACACUGACAGAGGCCUUGCACCAGAGAGGCAUCAAUGUCCGCUACUUGGGUACAGUUCUAGAGUUUGUGGACAAAACUCCUGCCAAAGCCCAGCUGGAGCACUUCUAUAGAAUAGGAAUUAGUGAGCUGAUCACCAGAUGUGCGAAACAUAUCUUCAAGACGUACCUCCAGGGUGUCGAGUUGUCUGCCCUCUCUGCCGCUGUAAGCCAUUUCCUCAACUGCUUCCUGAGCUCCUUCCCUGACGCAGUCGCCCAUCUGCCUCCCGACGAGCUGGUGUCACGCCGCAAAAGCCGUAAGCGCCGCAACAGAGUCCCCGGCGGUGGAGACAACACGGCUUGGGCCAGCCUGACACCCAGUGAGCUGUGGAAGAACAUUGCUUCUGAGGCCCAGAGCUACUAUCACUUCACUUUACAGUGUGAAAGUGUGGACCAGGUGGUGGAGAAGUACGGCCUCCAGAAAACAACUUUACUCAGAGAAAUUUCAGUCAAAACUGGCAUCCAGAUUCUGAUAAAGGAGUAUAACUUUGACAGCCGCCACAAGCCUGCCUUCACAGAGGAAGACAUCUUGAAUAUUUUCCCUGUUGUGAAGCACGUCAACCCCAAAGCCUCAGAUGCCUUCCACUUCUUCCAGAGCGGACAGGCCAAAGUGCAGCAAGGUUUCUUGAAGGAGGGCUGCGAGCUGAUCAACGAGGCUCUUAACCUCUUUAACAACGUGUACGGAGCUAUGCAUGUAGAGAUCUGCGCCUGCCUGCGCCUGCUGGCACGCCUUAAUUACAUCAUGGGAGACCACCCUGAGGCUCUCAGCAAUCAGCAGAAGGCUGUACUGAUGAGUGAACGAGUCCUUGGUAUCGAACACCCCAACACAAUCCAAGAAUAUAUGCACUUGGCUCUGUACUGCUUUGCAAACGGCCAACUAUCCACCGCCCUUAAGCUGCUGUAUCGCGCCCGAUACCUCUUGUUAUUGGUGUGCAGUGAGGACCACCCAGAGAUGGCUCUGCUAGAUAGUAACAUCGGGCUGGUGCUGCACGGAGUGAUGGAGUAUGAUUUAUCGCUGAGAUUCCUGGAAUACGCCUUGACCGUCAACACAAAGUACCACGGACCUCGGUCCCUCAAAGUGGCCCUGAGUCAUCAUUUGGUGGCAAGGGUUUAUGAGAGCAAAGCUGAGUUCCGCUCUGCACUCCAGCACGAGAAAGAGGGCUACACCAUUUACAAGAACCAGAUGGGUGAGGCACAUGAGAAAACCAAGGAGAGCUCAGAGUACCUGAAGUAUCUUACCCAGCAGGCUGUAGCUCUGCAGAGAACCAUGAACGAGAUCUACAAGAACGGCUCCAACGCCAGCAUCAUGCCCCUCAAGUUCACUGCUCCCAGCAUGGCCAGUGUUUUGGAACAGCUGAACAUUAUCAACGGCAUCAUCUUUAUACCACUCAGCCAAAAGGAUCUGGAGAACCUUAAGGCAGAGGUUCAGAGGCGGCAGCAGCUGCAGGAGCUGGGAAAGAGUGAGGAGCCCAUUGAGGACAGUCCACUUGAGCUAGAGGACAAAAUUCCCAUCGAUUAAUGUCUAAAUGCCCUCAACAUGGCUACUUUCUGCUAUAUGGGAGGGGGGAGGCCGUGACUUAACAGCAGUGUCGCUGAGCCUGUGGAGUUGAGAGCGGAGCAGUGUGAAUAAGCAUUGAAAUAAACAGGGGAAGGGAUGGGUGAAGGCAGUGCAGAGAACAAACUGUAUGAACUGUAGGACGAGAACGCAGAGAGGGAACUUCCUACAAGGUAGGAAAGAGCAGAGGACAAAAGUACAAACAACAUAGAAUCAAUGUAACGUGCAAUCUGACAAAUCCCCGGCCCGAGAACCUGCUGAUGCAGAUGUUAGCUGCUGUAGAAAUACAAUCGCAUAUGAACGCGGUUACAGCCGGGGGAGGGAGACCAAGGACGACCAUGACAUUGUAUACCAGAGCCUUAUCCACUGUACCAUAAUCCUCCGAUAAUACUUCUUCUUCUCAGCUCAAACACCCCACAGCACUGUUAGCCCAGGACCAUAUUCUGCCCCGCCAUUCCUUAUAGCGCCUUGGAGACCCCCAGGCAUGUAGCCACCCCUCCCUCUCUGACAGUGCUUUAAAUGAGGAAGCACUGACCCUGUCCUAGAACUCAGGGUUACUUUCUACUGUGCACUAAGACCAGAAUACAGUCACUAAAUUCAAGAUUUUUCAAGUUGGGCUUCAGAAUGUAAAUCCCCUUCUUGUGGCUGUUUUGAGCCGCUUCUGCAGCAGUCACCCAUCACUCUCACACUUCCCUGGUGGUUAAUUAAUUUAAUCCUUCUAUCAUUUUUACUUUACGACAUCCCAGGUGGGUGCCUGCUGGGUCUGAUGGUUCCUGUCUCUCUGAGCAAGAAAAUAGUACAGUCACACAAUAGUGAGCCUUCAACCGGUUUGAUUUCAUUUGCUGGAUUUUUUUUCUUUUUUUAAGUAAAUGGAUUUUGUAAAAGUGCAAAGGAAGAUAAGAAGGUAUUUUAUGCCUGUUAAUCAUCAAUUAAUUUAAGCCAUGUCUGUUUUAUAGAAAAAUGUAUAGAAGUGGAAGAAAAGAUGUAUAAAUCUCUAUCAGAUUUAGACAGGUGCUUGAAUGAUGUUAAUGGAGAACCGCAGAUUCGAGACAUCCACCUUACGCAGUAGAUUUAUCUAUCUAUAUACUAGCUGUGUUCAAUACUCUAUUUUUACACAUUGAAAGAAUAUGUGCAUGUAUGUUUGUAUGUGUGACUGUGUGUGUCUUUGUUGUAGUCCAACAGAAAAUCUAUCGGCCAGGGCUGUUGCUGCUUUCACUGCUGGUGCAUAGUUUGAAUAGAGGCUAAAAGCAAACAUUGGCUUUCCAAAUGUUUUAUUUUUCUACUCAUAGUCGACCUGUUGGAUGGCUAAUGCCUCCUUUCUUUAAUUAACCAUGGCCACCAAUGUUGUAAAUCUGUUUCUGUUUGAAUUGGUACUAAAAUGAGCCUCUUCUCAUCAUUGGCAGUAGAGACUGAUUUAUUGUUGCAGGGUGUGAUAUUUUUUCUGAUUCCACUAUUGGGUCCUCUUUUCACGUGUGACGGAGACGAAAACCAGCCAGGAGUAUCUGUUUAUUGAGCAGCGUUUAGUGCACUUUCUUCUGCUGUUUGAAUGUGCGUUCAUGUUCACAGCACAACCAAAAGUGGACAAAAGAAGAGCUGCCUCAAUGUGGUGUACCAAAAAAAGACUGAUAAAGGUUUGUGUGCGCUUGUAUACAUGCAAUGUACCCCUCCCAUGGCAAUUUGUUACUUAAUUGUUGCCGUGUCUAAAUGUAUGUGAUUAAAGCAAUAGAGAGAUGGGGCUGGAACUGAUUGUUUUUCAAGAUUGAGGUUUUUACUCUGCAGAAAAACAUGCAAGUUGGACUACUUCCUGUAUUGGUCAAACACCACAAAAAUGAGGGAGCUAUAGGAGAGAAAGUAAAGGAGAGCUCUUCAGACUGA